CUGACUAAUGAGAAGAUUAGUUAUAACUAUGCCAGAGCUCAGAGAGAGAUGUUUUGUGGUUAGAGCUACUUCUUAGAAUGAAGCUACGAAGAACACUUGUUUAAUGUACUACAAAAUCUACAAAAUCAUCCAACGUUUUCAUUCUAAGGAUUUUUAUUCCUCAGGUUGGGAAAAAAAAAAUCCGAGCAAAGUUGGCUUGAUUCCCAAGGCUCCGAUUGCGGUGUUGUUACUUGACGGAGCGGUAUGAGAAGUUUACAACCAGUUCUGCAAUAAGCAAACAGCUAUUACCAAAGAAGAUGCCUUUGGAUUUUAGGAAUGUCUGCGUCCUUCUGCCAGAUCGAGACCAGCUCAGUUUGACUGUUGGGGUAAAAGCUACAGGACAGGAACUCUUUGACCAAGUUUGUGAUGAACUGAAAAUUAAAGACCCUCACUUCUUUGGCAUCAGCAUUGUAAAAAAUAAUGAAUAUGUAUUUAUUGAUCUGGAGCAGAAACUUUGUAAAUAUUUCGUAAAGGAGUGGAAGAAAGAAGGAAACAGAGGAACAGAAAAGUUCAUCCCUCCUUUGGUUGCAUUCUUCAGAGUACAGUAUUAUGUAGAAAAUGGACGCGUUAUAAGUGACAGGGUGGCCCGGCAUUAUUACUACUGCCAUCUGAGGGAACAAGUGUUGAAGUCACGAUGCACCAACAAAGAAGAAAUUUACUUCCUACUGGCUGCUUAUGGUCUGCAGGUUGACCUUGGUGACUACAAAGAUAAUGUCCAUGGAGAGAACUAUUUUGAACCUCAGACAUAUUUCCCUCAAUGGAUAAUUGCCAAACGGGGGAGUGAUUACAUCCUGAAGCAUGCACCGGAGAUGCACCGAGAACAGAAAGGGCUGUCAACCAGAGAAUCAAUUCUGAAGUAUGUCAAGGAGUCGUGUCUUCUGGAAGAUGUCCCUGUCCACUUCUACAGAUUGCAUAAGGAUAAGAAGGAGGAUCGUCCUACAAUCAUCCUUGGUUUGACGCUUAAAGGGAUACACAUCUAUCAGGAAGUAAACCAUGUUCGUCAACUACUUUAUGAUUUUCCCUGGUCACAUAUUGGAAAAGUUGCAUUUUUGGGGAAAAAAUUUGUGAUCCAGCCAGAUGGCUUGCCUUCUGCCCGUAAAUUGGUUUACUACACAGGCUGCCCCUUCCGCUCUCGGCAUUUGCUACAGCUGCUCAGCAACAGUCACCGGUUGUUUCUUAAUAUCCAGCCUAUACUCAAGCAGAUCCAGAUAAUGGAAGAUGCAGAAGAGAAAAAGAGGUAUCGAGAAUCCUACAUCAGUGAUACUUUGGAGAUAGAUUUUGAUCCAUCAGAUAAGCAUUCACACGACAGUGGGAGCAGCAGAGGAAGUGAGAGUAACAACCGCCUAUCUCGACAGUCUACUGACAGCCAUGGCAGUUCACACACCUCUGGCAUUGAGGCUGACUCGAGACAACACAUCUCCAUGGAGAUGUCUGUGGACGAACCCUUUGGGAUGGAUCCAAUCCAUCAGAAGGAUCAGUCCUGCAGUUCCAACAUCAGUUAUAGUAGCUCUGGAAUUGAUAGCAACAGCAAAGAGAAAGCUGAAAAUGACUUGCACGAUGAUGAGGUGGAAUUGGCUGUGGAUGAGCCAGACACUUUACCUGCGGAUGACUCUCACUUUGAAGAAAUGAUCCGUGAGGAAUCUAUUGAUUGUCAGGCAAAAGAUAUUUGGUGCCAAGAUAUUAGUAAGAACCCCCUAUCUGUGGUACAUGUCGCCGAAUUAAAGGCCAAAGGCCAGAGUGCGGACUCGCUUAAUCAGAUUGCCCUACCCAAAGCAGCAAAGUCCCCAGAGCAGCACAGCCAAAGUCUAGAUGACGUCCGUCUCCGCAAAUGUCUACAUCCACCACUGAGUACCACGUUGUCUUCGGAUACCUCUCACAGUUAUACAUUUGGUUGUGCCUUAGAGGAUAAGCUAGCCAGCUAUGGAUGUGUGUAUUCAACAGCCGAUUGUAAAACUAAGUCAGCCCUCUAUGGAAAGAGGUCCAUGAACUGCUUGUCUUUAGAUCUCUUGGGAGAAGAUCAGUUCCCAGAAGAAUUUGUGGUGUAGCCACAUGGCGGAAGCCUCUCGGACCAUCUUUUCAGAACAUCUGCAAAACAAUUGAAUUACUACUGUUGGAAAACAGUACUUGCAUAAAUAUCUCUAAUAUUUUAUAUCUCAUUGGAACAUUUUGUCACUAAGAAUACAGUUGGCAAAGGACCUCAAAUAGUGAAUGUCCAACCUAGAAGUCUUUCCCCUCGAGUGUGGUGCAUCAGACUUCACCUGGUUGUACUAUGUAUAAUUUAGGGGGAACCUUUCUAUUUUCCUGAAAGCAACCUACUGCCAGUAAUUAUCUACUAUGCCGAAGCUUGUGACUUCCAUCGUCCUUGACUUCAUCAAGAUAGAAUGUAUGCAUUGUUUUUAUAAACUGUUCUUUUGUUGUUGUUGUUAAAUUCAUGACUCUCCUUCCAACUUUAUUUUUUAAUUAUAAACAACCUUUUUGCCUAUUUUCAAUGUGAAUAAAUCAAUAUAGGUGGGGGAAACUGU